UUCAGUUAGCUUCGGUCGGUGACGGUUCUUUUAAAAAGUAGUUAUACCCUAAUCGGGAUUCGAAAACGGUGACUCCUUAAAAUGGGAACUCUUCCAUCUGUAUAUACAUUUUUUUCCAAACCAUCAAAGUAGACAAAGGAUUUUAUGUUGUUAUUUUAAAUCGACUUUAAAGGAUAAAUUUAAAGAGUGUUUUACUCAGUAUAUUCUUAAUCCUCCAAUCAAUGUUUUGAAAACACAUAAAGAUAAAAACUCGUCCUUAAUUUUUCAAAACUAUACAAAGUGAAAGAAGAAAAAUCCACCCAAUAUAUUGUAAUAUUAAAUCGAGCUUUUCUCAACAACAAAAAAAACACAAAAGAAAUCCUCUUAAUAUCCUGUAACUUUAAGUGUAUGUAACAUGUCUAGUCGGAAGCGAGUCCUUAUACCCAUUUAAAGAAAUUAAUUAUAUAUUUGUCUGCUGCGAAUGUAUUAAAGGAAGGAUUUAAAAAAAAAUCACAUAAUUACUGAUGUUGAUAAAAAUAAUAUCAUUAUAUCCAAACGAGUGCUUCUAAUUACAUGUGUACGAGGGCUAAAGGAUUCGUCUCAAGUUUUAACACAUUGUCCUUGCUAAUAAUGAUAAUAAUGUUCUAAUAUGUGUGUGGGAAGAAAAAAGUGAAAUUUUAUUAUGUGAAUGAGCGUAAUCUGUUGCAUAUUGUGUAUCUGAUCUGUUUCUGCAAAAUAAAACAAAAAAAGGAUAGAAUAUCCUGUGCACUUCCUCCCGCAAAGUUCAUCUAACGGAAAUUCAAUUAAAAAUACGAAAAAAAAACCUUUUUAAGUGAAAUAUUUAAUAAAUUGGUUUAAUUGACGUGCAACACUUUAUUGGUGUUAUUAUUUUUUUGUUGUUCGUUUUGAUUCUGUGUAAAAAAAGUAUAAGUUUAUCAUUUAGACGGUAAUAAAAAAAAAACGGAAAUAGCCAAUUACAAGGAACAUGAGCAGAAAUUAAAAGCAAACACAUCCUUUGCUUUUUUCUUUAUUGUUGUUGUGUUGUUUUUUGAAUUGGAAUAAUAAUGUGCCAUUUUGCUUGCGUGUUUUGAGCUCAUUUAUAAAUAAUGUGUUUGUUGCUGGAGAUAUAUGCACUACAUGUAUUGAAAAUGAUGUAUACAUAGAUUCAGAAUAAUAAUUUUCAAUCCCCAAAUGCUGCUACCGAACGCAAUUAAUUUAUUGAUAUCCACCUCGACGCCUCGCCGCCACCACCGAUUUCAAACUACUCUAAUCAGGACAACAACGAUGAUCGCAUAAAUGUUGCAUUAACCUGAGUAAUCUAAAAUGUUGUUCCAUUCGACAAGGAUAAAUAGCUUCGGUCAUUUGUCUUAGCAACCCAAUGGCUAGCUACUUAUAAAUGGGAAGAAAGCUAAAAUUAAUCCAAUAACAAGAAAAAUAAAACACUUCGGAAGAAGCACGAAACUAUAUAUCUUUUUCUAUCGCGUUCAUAUCGUGUCGGUGAACAAAAUAAAGGACCUAGAUCCUAGACGCGAAAACUCGAAGACGAAUUCGUAUAGAAAAUUGCUGCUUCCACUUUUUUUGUGGAAUCCUUUAAUAAAUCAAAGAUAAAAAACAAAGCCCAAUAUUUAUUCAGUAUUUUUUUAUCAUCAUAGUGCGUAGGUGAAUGUCAUAACGGACAUUAAGGACGACACCAACACAACACCAGGAUCAACAACUUUGACGAUUAUAAGCAACUUAAUUUUCAUUGGAACUCCUUUGGGAAAACUUUGUUGCCUCUGCUAACAUCCGCUCACACAUUUAAUAGAAAAAAGAACAAAAUAUCAUCCCUACGGAGAAGAAAAAUAAAAAAAGCUUGUAGGUACCCAAGCCCACCCAAGGACGAAGAAGUGAUUUUUCAAGCGAUUACUCUCGGUCGGUCGACGGACGCGCGGCGCGAUAAUGAGUUUUUUCAGUUCUCUUCAGCAGUACGUAACAAGUGGGGUUGCUGGAUUGGGUCUGGGGAAUCGGCGGUUUUCUCUAUCACGACAGGACUCAAGUGAGGAUAAAAGUGGCACCGGAUCUGGAGCAUCUUCGGGCAGUGGCGGAAAUGCUGGUGGUGGAGGACCUGGUUCUGGUGCGAACUCAGCGAAUGCUCCUGCUGCACCUCAUGUACAUGGAUUUCCAAAAGUAGUUCCACCACCUGGUACAACACCUGCACAAAAUUUAAGUUCAAGAAGACAAUCAAGAGCAUUAGAAUGCUUAGCACCACCACGAACCGGAUCAUUUCGACAACGUAGCUCACCAGUACAUCAGCCAGCACCACAAGACCGACCGCCAUUAGCAUUUUGUAAAAGGAGAUUAUCAUGGCCAGAAGUUGAUCCUAGAUCAACAUCGGGUGUUCAAGAAACAGAUGGUUCAUACUUCGAGAGUUUUACAUCGUUGGCAUGGAAGCGUGAAAAUCGACGUAUGUCAGCGGUACGUGCUGCUGAAACACGUGCCGAAACACUACCAGAAAACGAACGUGAACAGCCAGUCGAUGAGAUACUCGACCGUUUCGAAGAAAAAGAGAAGCUUUACGUAGAAGUCUUGCACACAAUUGCGAAUACAGUUGGAGCACCAGCACCUGGAGGACAGUUCGCCCACUAUAAGGAGGAAAUGUAUUUACAUGCACAGAGAGCGUUUGGUGUAAAUCCGGAUCGACAUUAUCGUUUGCUGCAUGCUGCUGCAGAGGAUAAGCCAAAAAUAAUCGUUCUAUCGGUUGUUGUGCAGGAAGCGGAAGGACUCGAAGCAAAGGAUGCUAACGGCUUUAGUGAUCCAUAUUGUAUGCUGGGAAUUCAACCAGAUGGAGGACCACCAGUAUCACCACAACCCUUACCACCUACACCAAGGACCCUUUCGUCGGACAUUAAUCUUGGCACUGGAAUGGGCGGUUUCGACAACAAUACAGAUUCUCCAACACACCGCAAACACAGUUUUCGCCUGAGUUUUAAACGAAAGGAGGCUACAGCCAGGAGAGAACAAAGGGACUCAUUAGGUGGACCGGUACCUGCAAAAUUUAUAAGGGCCACAUCAAUCAAGCCGCAUACGUUGUGCCCCAAAUGGAACGAGAAAUUUAAAUUUGACAUCGAUGACAUUAACACGGACACAUUCCAUCUAGACAUAUGGGACCACGAUGACGAAAGUUGUGUCAUGGAUGCGGUGUCCCGCCUCAACGAGGUUCGGGGUGUGCGUGGCCUGGGGCGGUUCUUUAAACAGGUGUGUCAGUCAGCGCGUCAAGGUUCACAGGAUGAUUUCCUGGGGGCUGUAAACAUUCCUAUAGCCGACAUUCCAUCGACCGGACUCGAUGGCUGGUUUAAAUUGGAAGCACGUAGUCAACGGAGUACAGUCCAGGGGCGAAUACGCUUGAAACUGUGGCUAUCGACGCGCGAGGAUCAUGGCACCUCCGAGGAGGACAACGAAAUCGAAAUUAGCAAAAUUGAAAAGCUACAAAUGGUCUUCAUGGCACACGAAGUGUCCACACACGAGCCCACUUGGACGUGGAGUGGUGAAUUACCCGGCCCCGCUCUGACCAUCCUACAUCAGAUGGCAGUGCAGGCGGAUCUGGUGGAGCUGCAUUGUGCUCUGGCGAGGUUUGUGGCAGCCGUUAAACUCAACCGCACCACACCCAUCGAUCCGAAGUUCAUCCAUCGGCUGCUGAUAGAUGUGGACAAGUUGUGGAACCAACCCAAUCAAGAGGCACUUACACGGGAGCUGGAGCAGUGGUUGGCCGAAGCAAUGACAAGCAUGGUAGAGCGGUCACUCAACCAAAUCCGGCGACACCGAGACAUCUUCCCGUCGCUGCAUCCACCCUCGUUGAUUCGAUUGGAAUUCCUGUUGCGAUGCCUGGGUCUGUUGGGCUCAAUGAAGGCAUUCCGGCAGGUUUGCCCGUUCAAUAAGGGUGUGCGAGGCGAGAUUGUGGGCUCGUUGCGGAAGGGCUCCAUUCAAUGGGGACAAAUGGUUUUGCGAGACUCACAGCGCUCACCAAAUCCUCUAGUCAAUUUCACAACCACCCUCAUAGCUGACAUCCAACUGGGACUUACCUACUAUCAUGCCCUCUUCGAUACCACCAAUGGAAUCCAAUACUUUAGCAUUAUCUACAAGCAGUUCGAUGCCAUGCUAGCUGAAGAAGUCCUAAGCCGCAUGGAAACUGGACAAGUUCCGGGUGUACCUAGUCUCAACCAAUACACCGUCUUAGAAGGCGACAAAGAACCAGUCGAUAUACGACCCUUCGAGCUAUUCCUCGCCCUACAGGAAUUUUCAGCCUUGAAGCAGCACCUGUCUGUGAUGCCACAGCCUCCCGAAAAACCUCUAGCCCUGCAACUCUUUCACGAAUGGUUCAUCCCGAUUGUCGAACGUUGGAUGAUUGUAAGCAAGACAAGGGCACUACAAAGAGUGCGAGCAGCCAUAUCGAUGGACCAAAUCUGCGAGGGCGAACGAAUAGUUCGGUACAGUACUUCGUCAAUCGAUACAGCGUCGUGUUUCUAUCAGGUCAAAGAGUUCUGGAAGAUGCUUCAGUGGCCGGACUACAAUUCGGCCCCACAUUUUGAGGCUCAACUCAUCGAUGUUGUUUGUUCGGCGGCCAUGCACUACAGUGAUCUGAUACACCAGGCCUUGGCUGAUAGCGGUUAUUACGAGCAGCAGGGACCUUUUCGUUGCUCAGACGAUAUGUGCGUGACGGUCAACAAUUUGGAGUACGUUCGUCGAUCACUCUCCGAAUUCCGACCCGAUGGGCAACUUCUGCACGACAACGCCGAGGCCCUCUUAGAAUCUAGUCUAGCCCAAUUGGAGACCCGUGCUGAGAGGGUUCUCUCGAAAUUAGCUCCUCUUAUGCAAGUUCCCCUUCAAAAAGCUGUGUUUCAUUUAGCCUGGUCCCCGGACUCUCUACCCGCCAAUCAAGCUAUCGUUCCCCUUCUCGAAUAUCUCGAUGUCCACCUUUCUGCCUUAAAUAGCGCUUUGCUAACCAAAAACUUCAAUCGAUCCUUGAAUCUCAUCUGGAGCACCGUUUUAAGUGAGCUCUCCCGUCAAAUGGAUACUGGAGCCGAAGGCGAUAAGCCAUCAAACUUUCACAACAGACUGUACGAAGCCCUGCAACUGCUUGUCGAAUUCUUUCAUGCUGAGGGAUUGGGACUCUCGAUGGAGAAUUUGCAUUCGGGCGAAUUCUGGAGGGUGGAACAACGUCUGCAAUACCAUAAGACCGAAACGGAAAAACUAAUCGAUAUGUUCUACAUGCAAAGAUUGCAGGAGCAGCUGAUGACCAUGCCACCGGGGCCAUAUGGAAUGUUAUCGGUUCGGGCGUAUUUCAAUCAUGAUUCGCUGUGUGUGGAAGUGCUGCACGCGAGGGAUAUCAUUCCGUUGGAUCCAAAUGGUUUCAGUGAUCCUUUUGUCAUAAUCGAAUUGCUUCCAAGGAGGGUGUUUGCUCAUUGCACGGAACAGCAGACAAAUGUUCAUAAGAAAACCCUGAAUCCAGUUUUUGAUGAGUGUUUUGAGUUUUCGGUAACGCUGGAACAGUGUCGGACGGAAGGUGCUAUGAUUGCAUUUACUGCUAUGGACCAUGAUGUUCUCACGGCUAAUGAUUUUGCUGGUGAGGCAUUUUUAGCAUUGGGAACAAUACCCGGGGUAGCUGAAUAUACAACGAGCGUUGAGAAUUUCCAUGGACUGAAACAGAUGGAUAUAGCAUUGAUGCAACAACAUGAUAAAAAUCACCCUAUACUACAAAUUUUGGAAUCAAGAGCCUUGGACAAACAAGCGAUAGAUUUUGUGCGAAAACAAAAAGCACGACUUUCAGCAUAAUCAAAAAAUUACAGUGAAAAUUAAAAUAUUAAAAACUAAAGCUGCGUAAACUUAUUGUUUCUAUGCUGUUUAUUGGAAUGAUGAUGUACCUAUUGUUUAACAGCUUCUAUUCUUUUCCUCUACAAUUUUGUAAGUGUGCGGUGAGUCAAAACAAACAAAAAAAAAAAUCAAAUAUUUAUUUUAUAACUUAAUUUUACAAUCAGGCUAAAUAAAAAACAAAUAUUAACAUUAACUGUGAGAAAAACUUAAAACAAAAACAUUAUUAAUCUCUCUAUCGAAUUUCAGACUUAUAAUUUUAAAUAUUAAUUUCCAAUUUUUCUAUAACUAUUUAAAAAAUAAAAAAACAACCUAAACUUAAAGAAUUAAAGACUAUCAAAAUUGUAUAUUUAUAUUGUGUAACUUAAAUUAAAAGAAAAACAAAAAAAAAACUAUUAUAUGGCUAAAUUAAAAUCUAAUUUAUUAAGAUUAUUAUAAAAUGUAUAAAUAUUAUCAUAAAAUAAAUAGAUAUUUUUACUAUUAAUAAAUAAAUAUUAUAUUAUAUUAAAUGUACAUUUAUUAAUGUAUUUUUGUGAAUAAAUCGCCGUCAAUUUUUCUCACUAGCGCACAUCUUUUCAUUGGAAAAUAAUAUAAAAAUAUAACAAAAUUAUACACGAAUAAAAAUAAUUAAUUAAAAACAAAAUAAAACAAACAACUAUUUUUGUAAAAGCAUGAAAAAUCUAUCUUCUCCAUCAAUCAUUGCUUUUUAUACUUUCUUACUACAUAAUAUAUAAAAUAAUAAUAAAUAUAAAACUAUUGAAUGUAAAAACAAAAAGAAAAAAAACAGAUAUCAAAAUAAUCAAAAUAUGUCAUAAUUGUCUUCAUUUUUAAAACAAAGACUAUUUUUUAAAGUUGAUAAAGUCUAACACACACUUUUGGAAAAGUAACUUCAAAGACAACUGCUUCCAUUUGUACUCUAUACUUAGGUCAAAUUAGCGAGUAAUUGAUAGCGAGUACUGUAUAGCGAGUAACUGAUAGCGAAUAACUAACUCUAACGAGCUUUUUCAAUUAAAGCUGAUUCCACUCGAUAUUUCUUUCGAAGUCAGUUCAGCUAGUGUCAGUCAGUUCAAAUAGAGGAGCGAGUGGAACUGAGUAGCUAAAAGAGAAGUGAGUUAUUUGACAGGCGGUAAAUGUAUCUGUAACCCAAUCAUUAUGGACUAUUCGCUAGUGUGGCCUCUAUACAACGUUCUUUGGUGCUUUAUAAAAUAUACAUAAGAAUGAAUCUUCGUAAAAGAAUCAUCUGGCAGCAGCAUUUUUAUUUCAUAGUCUCAUGAUUGUAACCACAACUGAACUAAGGAAAUUUUAAAAAUAUUAUUUUGACAAUUUGUAACUUAUAAAAAAUAUUUGUAAGUUAUGCUGAAAUACCAAAUAACUUUUAAAACAGUUUGGAUCAUUCAAAAAGUGAAAGCAAACAGUCCGAAAAUAUUUAUUCAUAAAAUAAUUCGGAGGUUCCUUGAGCCGUUUUUCCUCAGCUAGAGGAUUACCUGGUAUUAAGUUGAAACAGCAUAUAUGUUCCCGUAACUCGUUGUAAUCAUAUUUCAUUUAAAAAACUGUUAUCUGUCAGUUUUGACAGUUAUACAAGACAGGAACAUUUUGUAAUAAAUUUAUCACAUAUGUGAUUUAAGAAAAUCAAUGUUUACAAAUUGAAACGUCAGAUGCAAACAGCUGUCAAAGUUUAAAAGAAAUCCUGUUUUAAAUUGAGAAUUGGGCUAUUUAACAUCUCUGUCUCAUUUAUUUGAUUUUACUAACAGUGAUGGUAUUGUUAGCUAUGAGAGGCGGCCUUAUUUUCAAAAUUCCUUCCAUUUUUCAACACUAUUCUAAUUUUAUCGACUUCUUUUUUUAAAAUACCAAACUGAUGAACUGUGUUGUAUACAUUUUAAAUUUUGAUUUUAAAUUAAAUUUUGCUAACAAAGAAUUAGGCAAACAAAAAUUAAUUAAAAAGUGUUUCAACAUCCUUGAACAAUCUAUGCAUAUUAAAUUAUUAUAUAAAAUACACCUUUUUAUACCUUUUAUUAUGGGCGAAUAUUUCAUCUCUAUGAUAAAUAUUUAACAUGAACAUACCAUAAAAAUGCUUAGGCUUACUAUACAAACAAAUAUUUAUUUAUUUAUAUAUUAAUAUAUAAAUUAAAUGUGUAAAAUAUACUUAACAAAAAAUAGAUAAUCAAUUAACUAAUAAAUAAUCUGUCUCUUCAUUAUCAGUUCAGAAGAAACAAAAACCAAAACAGUAAGAAAUAAAUAACCAGAACAAAGCAAAAUGAAACUUUAAUACAAUUUAAAUAGAAAUGAGAUGUUUUUUAAAUAAAUGUACCAAAAACAUAGCUAUACAGCAAAACUACUAUAAAUCAAAACAAGUACCACCACAAACAAAUAUAUUUUAUUAAAAAAAAAAACAAACCUUGUAUAAUCAAAAACAAAAACAAACCAUCCAAAAUAUACUAAAACUAAGUGUUUUGUUUUUUGGAAAAAUUGAAGUGAACAUUUUGGAUAAAAUUUAAACGAAGCUUAUUCUUCAAAACUCUGCUUGGUCAUAGAAAUAAAAAUUGGUAAGUCGUGAUGUACCUAAGUUGUGUACUAUGCAAAAACAAAUUUUCUUUCAACAUCGCAUAUGAUCUUCUACAAUAGGACCGAAAUGGCAACCUUGGGGCACACAAGAGCUUUUAUAACUGGGAUAAAAAGUGUGCUCAUAUUCUAAAACUCUGGCCAAUAGUUAUUCAUUUAUUCUUUAAAGAUGUAAGGAUCUCCAAAGUGUUCACUUUUUGACCCAAAAUAAAACACACUCAGUACAUUUUUUUAAAGCUUUAUUCACGUACAUUUUUAUUAAUUAAAAUACAAAAAAUACAAAACUAUUUAUUUUUAACCAAAACAACAACCAAUACUAGCUUAAACAUUGUUACCUACUCAAUUGAGUAAUAAAACUGAAACCCUCCUGAAAUGAAAACAUAAUCACACUAUUUAAGAAACAUAAAGAACAAAACUACAAUUUUUUUAAUAAAAAUAUAUUUUUUAAAAAACAAAAACUUUAUUUUACAUUUUUUUUAAACCAAAAACAACCUUUUUAUACGAAUAUUUAUUUUUUCGAAAAAAAAUAACUAAAAAGAAAAACAAAACCAAAAAUCAAAAUAAGGGAUUUAUGUAAAACUAAAAACUUAAAAAUAUUAUAUACAAAGAAAUACAUACUUACAUACAUAAAUAAAUAUAGACAAAAUUUAUUAGGGAAAAUUUAAUCAAGAUGUUUCUAUACAUGUACACACACUAUCUUUAAAAGAAAAGUUUAAAAAAAAGAAAAAGAAAAAACAAACAAACAACAAUAACCAAUCAUUAUUAUACUACAAAACAAAAAACUGUGUUUAAAUAAAUAUUUGCAAUAACAUUUUAAAAACAAUACAAAACUCGUGAAAUGUGUAUGCUUCAUGUUAUACAAAAAAAAAACAAUAAUAAUUGAAAUGUAAAACCUGCAAUAUUGUUUAAAUUGUGAACAGUUAAGUUUUAUUAAUA